AUGCUCGAAACAGGCGCAGCAGUCUUCAGGCAAACUCAUUCGAGAAAUUGGGUGAUUUCUUUUUCUGAAAGAACCACAUUUGAGGUUAGUAUGAUCGAAAAAGAUCGGAAGUCAAAACGUCGAAAAAUAAAAUAUCGAAAAAUAUUCUUCUAUAGAAAAUUAAAAAAGACGUAUUAUUUUUGCAGUAAAUAUUUUAUUCUGUAUUAA